AAAAAUAAUUAAGGGUGUCAUACACACUUCUUUAUUAUUAUAGAUCUUUCUUUUUAUCAAAAAGCAACAUAAAUUAAGCUUAUGGAGCAGUCCCUCCCUGAACCUGUUAAGAAACUCACCCCCGCGAAAGUAUUCGAGGACAAACCCGAUAAUGAGCGAAAUCCGAUCAAGCUCAUCCUCCUCGGCGACAGCGCCGUCGGCAAGUCGAAGCUGGUCGAGCGCUUUCUCAUGCAGCGCUACGUUCCCGUGCUGAUGUCGACUUAUGCAUUAACGCUCUACCGCUACGACUUCUCCACAGAGGAUGGGGUGUCGUACGAUGUGGAUAUUUGGGAUACCGCCGGGCAGGAGCGCUUCGCGACGAUGCACCCGGCUUAUUACCACGAAGCGCAUGCCUGUAUCCUCGUCUUCGAUGUCACUCGAAAGGCAACAUAUAAAAACUUAGAUAAAUGGUUAAAAGAGCUGCGUAAUUAUCGCCCGCACAUCCCAUGCAUUGUUGCGUGCAACAAGAUUGAUACAGACCCCGAGGUUGUCUCGACGCGCUUCGCCUUCGCCGCGAAGAAUCAGUUCCCCUUGGAGUACGUAUCAGCCGCGCAUGGUACCAAUGUCGUGCAGCUCUUUGAGAAGGCAAUAUUGUAUGCAUCGAUGUAUAAAGAAAAUCCUCAAAAAGACGACAUUGUAGCGCAAGUUUUGACGAUUUUGAAGACUAAAGAUAAUUCGAAUGAAGGUAGCAAGCCACAACACACGAGUGGGUAGACAGCGGGAAACAACAGUUUAGGCGGAAAAUCGUCUGGUCCAUCCUUUUUGUUCUUUUAUUGUUUUUCAAAUCAUUAUCGCGUCCAUAAGAAUCAGCGCAGGCAGCUUAGGAAGCGUGGUAUUCUUUAUCAAUGUGAAACUAUCAUUAGACAAACAUUAGGCCUUUGCUUUCCUUUUGAUCCGAUUCUAGAGUUGACCCUUGAAGUGGGUUACUUUUCCAUGCCAGAUUAUUGGCUGAAUCGCGUAAAGAAGCCGUGGGAUUUAUCGAGACAGAGCCAUUUAUGGAAGGUUUGUGGGGCUCGAAAAGAAAAUAAGAGAUUCAAGUGAUAAGUAUGAAUUUAUACUUCCCAAACAAACCAAUGUGAAAUUUAAUUCCGAAGUUAGCGGUGUUUUUUUCAUUUGUAUGCCUUUUGCUUGGAUAACUCGUCUU